AAUCAUAUAUAUGAAUAAAAUAUUUCUUUGAGAGAUUAAUGUUUUAUAUAACUAUAUUUAUCCGUUAUUUGGACAAAAUCAUAACUAUUGUGAUUACUAUGUGAUACAAUUUGAUACUUGUUACAUAUACAAUAUUGAUUUACAACCUAUCAUCGAAAUUUGUUAAUGAUUUAUCAACUAGAUUUUGUAAUAUUGAAAAUAUACAAUAUAGCGCAAAAUAAUUAUAUAAACUUGUAAAUAUUGGAUUUGAUUAAUCUCAAUAAUGGAUAGCGCAAGCAAGAAACAAACCUUUCACAAUGAUAAAGAGAAGAAAAAAUCUAACCCCAAUCAAAGAAAAAGUUUGGAUCAAGGGAUUUGUAAAGAAUCUGAGUUAGAUUUAUCAUAUACAAUUCGAUUGGAUUCCACAAAUCAGGAAGAUGUCGAAAAAAAAAUUCAGUGUCUAAAACAUGUAUUGGAGAAAGACCUAAGAGCAGCUGAUUUAAAAUGGUCCCUAUUUGUAGCAGCUUGUAAUACAUAUCGUUAUGAUACUUGUUUAAAACCAUUUCCACCAAUGUAUAUAAAAAAUGAAUGCAAAGACAUUGAAGCUUUGAGAAGAGCUAUAGAAAUAAUUCCCCCAUUGGCUGUAAUAUUGAAAGCAUUAUCAGAAUCAGAUGCAUAUGAAAAAUAUGGAAUGGCUAUAGAUCUAUUACAGUGGGUUUUAGUGCGCUUGAGAGAUCCUUAUAUAAAAAGCAUUAAAAAAGAAAAUUAUGACUUGAUAUUGAGAAAAGUACCCUCAGAAAUGCCAGUAGUUGCACCAAAUUUAAUAUUCCAAGUCACAAGUACAAAACAAUCUACUUCAGAAGACAGAUGGAAAACAAUUGCUCAAGGCCACACAACAUUUUAUGCUUAUCAUGGUAGUCGACUAGAGAACUUCCAUUCCAUUAUACAUUAUGGUCUACAACAGAAUAUGUGUAAGAAGUCAUUAUUUGGUAAAGGAAUAUAUCUUUCGAGUGAAUUAGGUAUAAGUUUACCAUAUAGUCCGGUUGGCUAUGGGUGGGGAGGUAGUGUAUUAGGAAGUGAAAUGAGCUGCAUAGCUUUAUGUGAACUUAUUAAUCAUACAGAUGUAAAAACUGGAGAUUCAGAGGAUGAUGCUAGAAGUUUAGUGUCAGAUUCCAUGGGUGGAAGAGUUCCAAAUAAAUAUUAUUUGGUAACAAAUAGUGAAUUGGUAAGGGUACGAUACCUCCUUAUUUACAGUCAACAAGUUCAAGCAGCAAGAUGUAUUAACGAUAAAGGAUUAUUGGCAUGGUUUAAACAACAUAAAUUAUUAACAUUUGUGCUUGGUUAUGUGGUGCUGUUGGCUUCAGUUGGACUGACUCAUAAUAAACAAGUUGAAAAAUAUUAUAAAUUAUUUGCUCAAAAAGUUGGACUGGAGUAAAAAGAAACUUUUUAAUACAAUAAGUUUUCCAUCCAUUAAUAUGUACAUUAGGAUAAAAAGAUUAUUUCUUUUUACAUUUUUUUCAAUGAAAUUACAUAAAUUUGCAUUUAUUAUAAGAAAUAUAUACAAUUUGUAAAUAAUACAUAUAAUUUAUAUAAAAUACUAUAUUUCUAUACAA